UCCAGAACAAGCUCCCCGUCCAGGCAAUCGAGCUGCGACGUCAAGUCAGAACCUCGAAAUUCAUUAGAAACCGACUAAAACAAACAACCAUAGUGCAGCCUCCCUCGCCAUCGUAAUCAUUGAAUUGUCGAUCCUACACCGGAUUCCUUACUUUUCAAUUUCUAUUCUUGUACCUCAGGAAUAUAGGCCAAUCACAGCUUCAACACUCUUCCACAAGAAAGCCGGAUUACCUACCUACCUCUACACAGGGAGACAGGUGCUUGCUUCUAUAAGAAUAGGUAGCAACAGUCUACACUACCCGAGUACUUCGACGACAGCCAAAACUACAACAACCGUAUCAGUGUUCCCCCUUGAUACCCAUCACACCCAAAAAAGAUGUCAUCUCCCAACGAGUCCCUCCCCAUAACCCCCCAAGCUUUCGCCGCAGCUCUAGAAGACCUCCCUGUCUCGGCCCUGCAUCUCAAAGUGCUUGAAAUCUACAACUCUAUCGCCCACCUCAAGUACUCCAACGAGCAGCUGCGGCCCUUCGCCGAAGGUAUCGAGGCCCCUCUCGGCUCCAGCACCGGCGAGUCAGCGCAAAAUCAGCCCGACCCGGACUGCGUGGAAGCCAUCCGCGAGAACGAGCAAGUGAUAGUCCGCAUGGAGGAGCGCGUUCAGCUGAUCAAGAACGAGGUCGAGCGCAGGGGGCUCAGUUGGACCGAGUUCGAAAGGAAGGACGAAGUCGAGGCGGCCGCGGCGAGGAACAGGGCUCGUGGACCGGUGGAGACUGGUGAGGAUUCGGACGAUGAGGAGCAAGGACAACCGAUGACGAAUGGAAUUUCGACGACGACGACAACAACGACAACAACGACAACGACACAGCACCCUGCUUGGAUGGAUGGGACGUUUCAGACUGGAGUGAUUAGGAAUGGAGAGAUUGUCAUGGAUGAUGUUGCUGGGUCGAGGAGACAGCAAGAACAACAAGGUGGAACAGGCGCCGGUGCUGGUGGCUCGCUGAGUGACGAGGAGCUUAGGAGAAGGAUGGAAGAACGACUACGGGACUUGGGAGGGGAAAAUGACGAGGAGGACGGCGGUAUGCACCUGUGAGAGGCAAGCGACGGGAUUAAGGGACCGAAGGAGGAGGAACGGGGUUGAGCAUCGUGAAGACGUUACACACGAUUUGUCACUUGCAGCAUGGAUCGGCAGACUGACGAAUAAGUGAAUUUCUGGUGCAUUUCUUGUUAUUCGGUUACCAAGACGCCUCAGGGCUGUGAAGGUUGUUUAAACAGAUGCUACAAGAGCAGGAAAAGGCAAGACACCGUGGGAAAUCUCUUGAAUUUUCAAUUCUUUCAUUAUUGAAAUGGCCUGCGUUGCAUCUCAUUUGCCUGACACCGCGAUUGUUUGCUGCGUCUUCAUGCAACUAAUGUUCAGAAGUAUGAGACCACCCCCCAUCCCCAUGAAAUGCAUCAUUUCUAUUAACUUCUAACUGCCAAAAAAGCAUGUCUACCAAAAUGACCAGACUAUAGAAAAGAAUAUAAUUUGAUGGAGAAAUUGACUUGUCAUCUAAGAAAC